UGGCUCAGAUUGCAGAUGGUGUGAUGUACAGGUGUUAUUUGCUUCUUGCCCUUCUCGGGGAGGCGGCCAAGCCGCUUUGCCGGGACCUUUCGAGCGGGAGCGACUGGCAAGACUGCCGUGUGUUGAUCGGAGGCCUGGCUAUCCAAGGUGCUGAGGCCUUCAAUGCAGCGCUGGGGCCCACGUUUCAAGACUACUUGACCAAUACCUACAACGACACCUAUGGUCUAGAGUUUGAGGCACUGCCCUUGAACUUUGACCAGAACUUUGCGUUGGUGGGUUCUGGUGAAGUUGACUUCAUCUACAGCAAUCCAGCUGCCUACACAUGUAUGGCUGUGGAGUUUGAGGUUCAAACAGUGGCAUCACUCGUGAACUUCCGUAAAGGAUUUGCACUUGGCAAGUUUGCGGGGGUGAUCUUUGCUCGUGCGGAUUCGGAGUUCAGGACAGUGGAGGACCUUCGCAGAGCGCAUGUGGAGGCCGUGUCCAUCUCGGGUCUCGGGGCAAUGCAGCUUCAGCAAGCUGAGUUGCUGGCUCAGGGUUUGGACAUCAUGACCGAUGUUCCACGAUUGACCUUCGCCUUCAACCAGAACAAGAUCGUUCAAGACGUUCAGGAUGGUUUGGCGGAUGUUGGGUUUGUGAGGACAGACCUGAUCGAUCGGAAUGUGGCAGCCAAUAAAACGAGUUGGGACUACUUCCGUGUGAUUGGUGAAAUGAGCGGGGAUGGAUUCCCGUUUGCACACUCCACUGCAUUCACGCCUGAGUGGCCCAUUGGGGGACUCAAACAUGUGCCAGAUCAGAUUCGCGAGUUAGUGGCAAGAGCCCUGAUGUCGUUAGAUCGUUUCUCAUCUGAUCCUACAUUGUCUGAGCCUGCAAUCAAAGGCAACUUUGCGAGCUGGACCACCCCCAACAACUACCUUGGCUUGCUUGACAUGCUACUAAGCAUCAGGUACCUGGACCCCGUCCAACGCCGGUGUCUCCGUUCCUCUGAUGAGUACAAUGCCAUUUAUUGCCCACCCGGAUGGGUCAAGAAAUCCCCCGAGCAGGUCUUCUGUCCGGACUGCCGGGAAGGAUAUUCCUGUUUGUGUUCUCCUUGUGCCAAGCUCAGGGACCCCGAAUAUGUCUUGAAGGCCGAGUUGAUCACCACCAGCUGGAAAGGGAAUGUGGAUUUGGAGAAAGUCGAAAAUUCCACCUUUGUAGCUGAGAGUUGUGAGCGCAUGACAUUGUGCGGCCAUGUGGUACUCGGACAAAAGUUGCGAUGGGUACUCCUGGAUCAGAUCGGUGCAACCACGCGCCUGGCAAUCAACGCACCUCAGGUUACCAGUGUGCAGCUUCGUAUGACCAUCGACGGUCCGUCGGAAAGAACAGAAGUCCAAAAUGUGACCUUGCCAGAUCUGGCCACGCAGAUGUAUUACUUGGAAUAUGAGCCUCAAAGCACAGGAACUCAGGUGAUCCAGAUUAAUAUCAAUGGCCAACCUGCCAGCAUGAGUCCAGUGAUCUUCGAAGUGGAGGAAGCGCCACUUCGUGUCACUCGUUGCGCCAUCGGCUAUGAGGCCAACGAUGAGGGCCAGUGUAACCAAUGCCCGGCAGGCACUGCCUCCCCUGGAGGCACAGCCAGUUGUCGAGCCUGUGACCCGGGGACCAAGCAACCUUUGGAAGGGCAAGGUAGCUGUGAGAGCUGCCCAGUUGGGGAAUACCAACCGAGCUUUGCCGCGACGGCCUGUCAUCCAUGUGAGCCCGGCACGUCCAGUCGUGGAAAGACAGGGAGCCAGGCCUGUAGUCCAUGUGAGCCUGGACAGGAGGCUGUGGUGAAUGGCUCGGAGAGGUGUAUUCCUUGCAAACGAGGAUUCUAUAGUGAGGUUGAGGGAGCAGCCCAAUGCCUGCAGUGCACGGGAGGGAAGAGUACCAUCGAACAGGGUGCGACAGACCAAUCUCUAUGCGUUUGCUUGGAUGGACAGCGACUUGCAGAGGAAUUUGAGCAGUGUAUCCUUUGUGGUCCAGGCCUGAACUGUACUUUUGGCAAUGGUGAGCCCGAGCAGCUGGCAGGCUUUUGGGUGGAUGUACAUCUCAAUCAAGGGUCGUCUCUCUCGGUGUACCGUUGCCGCAACGCCCUGGAAUGUCCGGCAGGGCAACUGGGAACCUGCGCUCCUGGCCGUAGCGGGAGAGCAUGUAAUAACUGCAAAGCUUGGCAUCGAAAAAACACGAAAGGCCAGUGUGAAGCGUGCAGUGGUGUCGAUGUGCUUCCUUUGCUUUGGAUCUUGCUGGGUGCAUUGAUAUUGAGUGGUAUCACCUGGUUGUUCGCGCAAACCUCACUGGCGCGACAGAGAUUGGGCCAGGUGACCGUCUUUCUAACUGCUGGGCAAGUGAUCAUGCUCAUGCAGCUCAUGGCCGCCUUAAAGAAUCUGGACUUCCAGUGGACAGGCCCUGCGAUAUAUGUCCUGGACGCAUUGGGCGUGCUGGCGUUUGACAUCGAUUUCCUGAACUUGGGAUGUGUGGUGCCAGACAGCGGACCAUCGCUCACAUUUCUGUCGCAGUUAAUGGCGUACCCAGCAUUUUCCUGUUGCAUGCUGGUGGUAUGGUGGUGUAUCGGGAGGUGCCACGAUGGCUUGAAGGGUUCGGAUCUUUUCAAUAUCAAUGGCCUUGUGCUGAUGACGUUGUACGUCACCCUGACUAUCGUUUCGUUGCUGCCCUGGCAAUGCGUCUCAAACCCCAACGGGACGUUGACGAUGCAGACGCAGCCAGGGGUCAUUUGCUUCAAUUCAGAGGAGCACACCAUGCUCAUGCUUCUCUCUGUGCUUGGAAUCAUCAUGUACCCUUUGCCCAUGCUGGCCAUCUCCAUACAAGCGACUGUGAUGUAUCCUUCCUAUGUGGCCUCAGGCCAAGGUUUGGUCAUCGUGAACAGAUAUCGCUUCAUUUUUGAGCGCUUCCGUGCCAAUCGAUACUUCUUCGGUGUGCUUUACUUGUGCAGGAACACAUUCUUGUCGCUGAUUCCAGUGGCCUUUGCGAACUACCCAUCAGUUCAAGUGACGAUGCUGGCAGCAGUGAUGUUGCUGGGCAUGAUCGUCCAAAUGCGGGCAUGGCCCUGGAGGACCAAGGUGGCCAACAUCACCGACAUGAUCUUCUCUGGCGGAGUGGUGCUGUUCCUGGUCAUCGCUGGACCCAUCGUCCACUUUGAAACUGAGCAGGAUCAGCGAUCCUAUGCGGCGUUCAUCUCUUGGAGCUUUUGUGCUUUGUUGUUGGUCUUCAUUGUGGCCUUUGUUGUGGUUGCCUUCAUGUACCUCCGAAGGCGGCUCAAUUCUGAAAAGCCGUACAAAGUCUUCCUGACUCAUCACAAAGGCGCAGCUGGCAGCCUUGCAAGAUUCAUCAAGCUCAUCCUUUCGAAACAUUCCAGCGACCGGUUCUUCUUGGAUUCUGACGAGCUCCAAGACUUGGACUCCCUCUUCGAAUGUGUCCGUGCACACACGAAAUUUGUGGUCCCUCUCUUGACACCGGCAUUGAUGACAAGACCAUGGUGCGUGGGUGAGCUCACAACGGCAUUUCUGAACCGGGUGCCUAUCUUGCCCAUCUCUUGCAAUGGAUGUACCAUCAUCCCGUCUUCACGCGUCCCAGGAAUUCUGAAUUCCUGGACUGUUGACGAGUUCCAGCCCUUGCUGGCAGCAGGAAUCAAUGAAGCGGCCAUUGAGGCCACAGUCGAGCAUAUGGCAACUCUGAGAGUCAUCGAGUAUGAUCGCUCGAACGACCUGGAGAAACAGGAAGGCACAAUUCUGCGCAUUUCGGAGUAUUGCAAACUGAAACGCCGACCCUUCGUGGAUUACUCCUCAAAAGCUUCGUCUUCACAGAUUUUGUUGCUGACACAUACAGAUCAUUAUGAAGCCCUGUCCUCAUCGAUGAUUCUCCAAAUCCAGCUCCAACAGCACCUGCAAGAGAGCGUGUUCGUUCCAAUAACCAAGAAACAAAUGGACAAAGCGCUUCUCAAAGCCAAGAUUCUCGUGAUUUUGCUGUACAAUGGCAUUCUCUAUGAUCCCGCCUUUGCAGGCAUGAUCUUGGCAGCUUACCGCGAAUCUUUGGAUUUGUCUCCGGAGAACUCAAGUGGUUUGAUGUCCAAAACCCUGAGCAACAGCAGCGAGGAAUUCGCUUGGAACAGGAUCAUCACCGUUUCAGCCGAUCCCAGCUUCGUCUUCCCAGGACAUGAAUUCUACGCUUCUCUGGCAGCACAAGGAGUUUCCGUCAACGACAGUUUGGGGCCGGAAGUUGGUCCAUUACUUUGUGACGCAUACAGGAGUGUUUUCAAGAAGAUCUCCUUGCCGUUCAGUAGUCAUGCCUCCAUUGGUAUGAUCGAACACCAGGUGAAAGAGAUCGGCAAACGGGUUUCAGCACAUCUUCAUGGCGCUGACAUAGCCGGUGGCGUGGUCCGCACCGUGACGGGCCGGCGCAUCUCGACGACCUCCGCGGAGCGCGAUGGGAUGCAAUCCCUCGGUCUGUCACCGCUGGAUGCCUUCAGAAGUCCCGUGUCCAUGAUGGCCUCACCAUGGCCAGAUGAUGAGGCUUCCUAUGCUUAUGAAGAGGAUGAAGAAACUGGCAUCCGCCGUGAGUUCUCUGACGAUGAGGACCUUCUGAUGCCGACCAACCAUGCACAUGAGGCGCUUGCCUUGCCAAAGCCAUCGGACAUGGUUGUCCAUACAUUCUAAUUACAGUCUAAUUACUAGAACUGUAAAUCUUCCGUUGUGCAAUGUGUCACGAUGUGCCAUAUUGUGCCGUCACGUAUAGCGUCCCAAACCGCAAAGAUGCAGAGGAAAAAAA